GGGGGAGAAAGGUAGUUCAGUCUGCGGAUGGUGCACGGGUUACUGUGCUGAGAGCUGUUAGAUACGGUUUUUUUCAUUUUCUUUAUGGUGGUGGGGGAAGAAGAGGACUGGAGAGUAUUCGUUCUCCUGCAAGGCAUAGCUUUAAGGUGUCUUCUUUUUUCUUUCUCCUGUGAAAGAGAGGCACUGGAUAACAUUUCCUGUGAUUUAGCAACACCAGGUCUUUGCCCUCACCAUGUCAAGAAGUGUUAGUGAUGUGUUCCCUCUCCGCUGCAUUCCCCGCCUGUUAUCCUGCUAGGAUCUAGCUACAGAAUGAACAUAGCAGCUGUGUUUAAUGCCCUGCUCGUGUCUGUCCUUGCUGCUGUGCUGUGGAAAUACAUCAAACUGCGAGAGCAUGCCUACAUGGUUGAACAGGAGUUGGCCGUCACACGUCAGUCUCAGGAACUCUCUCAGGUUCAGAUUGACUACCAUGCAGCUGUCCAAGCACUGGUGGAGGAUGGUACAAGGAUGGUGUGCACUGGCAGGAUGCACACUGACCGCAUCUGCCACUUUGAGUCCCUCUGCUACUCUACUGAGGCUGAGGAGUUUGUCUACUUUCACAGCAACUCCUCAGUCAUGCUGCCCAGCCUGGGCUCCCGGAGGUUCCAGCCAGCUCUGCUCGACCUCUCCUCAGUAGAAGAUCACAACACCCAGUAUUUCAACUUUGUGGAGCUGCCAGCUGCUGCGCUGAAAUUUAUGCCAAAACCAGUCUUCGUGCCCGAUGUGGCACUGAUUGCUAACAGGUUCAACCCAGACAACCUGAUGCACGUCUUUCAUGAUGACCUCCUCCCCAUUUAUUACACUAUGCAGCAGUUCUCUGAUUUAGAUCUGGAGGCGCGGCUCUUUUUCAUGGAAGGGUGGAGUGAAGGCGUUCACUUUGACCUCUACAAGUUACUGAGUAACAAGCAGCCACUUCUCAAGGAGCAGCUUAAAACCCUGGGCAGGCUCAUCUGCUUUACUAAAUCGUAUGUGGGACUGUCCAAAAUCACCACCUGGUACCAGUACGGAUUUGUCCAACCACAAGGGCCGAAGGCGAACAUCUUGGUUUCUGGUAAUGAGAUCAGGCAGUUCACCAAAUUCAUGAUGCAGAAGCUGAACAUCAGCUUGGAGGAAAGCUCCAGUGAGGAGUACAUUGUAGUGUUCAGUCGAACAAUCAACAGACUUAUCCUAAAUGAGGCAGAACUAAUCCUGGCUCUCGCUCAGGAGUUUCAGAUGAAAACCAUUACCGUCUCUCUAGAGGAGCAUUCAUUUUCUGACAUUGUCCGGUUGAUCAGCAAUGCGUCCAUGCUGGUCAGCAUGCAUGGGGCCCAAUUAGUCAUGUCUCUCUUCCUGCCAAGAGGUGCCACAGUGGUGGAGCUCUUUCCUUAUGCUAUCAACCCUGAACACUAUACCCCUUACAAAACCCUGGCAACCCUUCCUGGCAUGGACCUGCAGUACAUUGCCUGGCAGAACACUGACAGGGAGGACACUGUUACCUACCCGGACAGACCUUGGGAUCAGGGUGGGAUUGCUCAUCUGGACAAAGCUGAGCAAGAGCGCAUCAUUAAGAACACAGAGGUGCCACGGCACCUCUGCUGCCGCAACCCUGAGUGGCUGUGGCUGUUCCGUGCCUACCAGGACACAAAGGUGAACAUCCCUUCCCUCAUCCAUGUGAUCAGGCAGACUGUGAAGUCUAAGCCCGGACCCAAGAAGCAGAAGUGGUCUGGUAGCCUCUACCCUGGGAAAGUGAGGAAUGCCAAGUGUCAAGCCUCUGUCCAGGGCACAAGUGAAGCUAAACUUGCUGUGUCCUGGCAGAUUCCCUGGAACCUGAAAUAUCUCAAGGUCAGAGAAGUUAAAUAUGAAGUGUGGAUACAAGAGCAAGGGGAAAACACUUACAUGCCUUAUAUGUUGUCCCAUCAGAAUCACACCUUCUCAGAAAACAUUAAGCCCUUCACAGUAUAUCUGGUGUGGAUACGCUGCAUCUUCAACAAAAAUCUCCUGGGACCUUUUGCAGAUGUGCUCUUGUGUAGUACUUAA